CGAAUUAAAUAGCUCAAUUCUCAAAAUUCUCAAUUCUAAUAUUAUCUUACGAAUUCCGCAAAAACCUCAUUGCUAUUUAACCACUAGCCUGGGAUAAAUUGCCAAUUUUAUGCCACGUAAAUGUAACUUGUUCCUGGAAACGCGUCUUCAAGCGCAGAGACGUGGGGACCGGAGAAAGUGUCCUUCUUUUUGGAAUGCCACUUUAUUCUCGCUUAGAAUAUGAACUUUGGAAAAAAAAAUUAAGAAAGAGGAGCUUUUUUUUCUGUCAUUCAGACGAGGCACUUUGCAUCUCUUGGCACGGAAUCACAAGACUGCCAUUUUGUCACGGCGAGCGGCGCACGCAGUCCCCGUCACAAGAGGUCUCACUUCUUCCUUAUCCGGCACUCAUCGAGACCCAGUUUGUUUGUUUGUUUGUUUUUGUUUUAGCAAUUACUGGUUUCCAAGCGCUAUGGAAAAGGAUCUUGAGGGAAUCCUUGAUCACCUUAACUCACGAAUCCACCAAAAAAUCAGCCGAGGCCUUGACUCUUUGGAGAAUUUUCUUAAGUCAUUUGUCCCAUCCAUAAGAAAAUAUCACCGCUCCAGCUUUCUUGAUAACAAAUUGGCUUCGCUCAUAGCUCUUCAAAACAACUUUCAAUAUAAUUUGGCCUCAGGUUUUAUGCUGGUUUAUUCUACAUUCUCAAAAUCUUCGGAGAAGAUUGACGACUAUGUGCUUAUCAAAACCAAUUACCUUCUUAGCGGGAUUCUUCUCAUACAUCCUGAGUCGCGAGCUUUGUUUGGUCGCGGUCAAAGCAUGGCACUAAUGCUUUCUUUUUUGAAUUCAAAGUCCUCAGCGAUCCUGGAGGACCUAAGUAUCUCCUUUGUGUCGCUAUUUAUUCACAUACUCAUGAAAAAUUUGAAGAACGUGCGCUUAUUCGAAGCGAACAACGGCUGUCAGCUUCUCAUUCAUCAUUUAAGCAUCCUCCCAGCUAAUUCAUGUGAAACUAGUACAAAAGAAAGUGAUACUUCUCGUCAAAGAAAUUUGCAUUUCAAAGUCAUCGAGUUUUUGAUAUUUUACUUGGCUGACGAGACCGAGCUUCUUGAUUUACCUCAGAAUGUCGGGGCGCACAGCAUGUCUGUGAGAGAAAAAGCAGACUUGCUCCGACCACAGUUUCCGGGAAUUGAUGACUUGAUUAAAAAUUUGAGUGACUUGACUUCACUCAGAUAAAUAAAUUGAUUUGUAAAGCAGUAGACAUCCAUAAUACGUCUUUUCUAAGCCUAAAAAGAAAGUCUUCAAGUUUAUUUAAAAUCACGUUUAUCUUGCGUCUGUUGUGUAUUAUUUAAAGGAUUUUUUAUAUCUUUACGCAAACACUACAAAAUCGUU